AUGAUGGGAAGAACUUUCAGUUACUGUUUAAGUUCUUCGUUCGCUAGCAUCCGCAGUGGAUGGCGAGAAGCUGAUGGAGAGUAUGGCAUUCCGGCGAGUCUAUGUUACUGUGGUGGACGAGUCGUUGUCCAGACUUCUCGGACUGAUCUAUACCGUGGAAGAAGGUUCUUCACUUGCAAGAACAGUGAGGUAACGAUCCGGAUUGUGCGCCUAGUGGAGUAUGAAGCAACGCUAAAGGAGUUGGAGUUGCUUGCAAAGCAAGGUGUGAAUGAGUAG